AUGGCCGACUGGGCCCGGCUGCAACAGGGAAGGAAACUCUGGACGCCGGCCCGGCUACACCUCUAUAACUGCAACGGGACUUUGGGACCCCAGGGGUGUAAUUCCACGCAACUGAAAACCGCUCAUCCUCCCGUGCAAGUCUCAGAAAAUUCUUUUUCUCAAGAUAUGAGCGAAGGCAAUGUAGCCCUAAUUGUAGUCGAGAAUAAAGAGAGUAUUACCUUGAUCAGGCAAAAGAGAAAAAAGCAAAAGCCCCGGGAGAAAAAGACCAAACAAAUCAUGAAGAUCCAGGCCUGGUGGCGGGGCACCCUGGUGCGCAGGACGCUGCUCCACGCGGCGCUCAGGGCCUGGGUCAUCCAGUGCUGGUGGCGGGAGACCCGGGUCAGGCUGCACUCGAAGAAGCGGAGGGAGGCCCUGGAGAGCUAUGUGGCCAGAGAGAGGGCGGUGGUCAAGCUCCAGUCUCUGAUCCGCAUGUGGCGCAUCCACUGGCGAUACUGCCAGGUGCUCCAAGCCAUAUACGUCAUCCAGUGCCACUGGCAGCACCACGACUGCCACACCUGCGCCUUCCUCCGGGGCCACUGCGAGGUCACCACCACUCACCUGCAGUUCCACAUCGAGGUCCUCAACCCCCCCCAGAGGGCCGGCUAG